AUGUCACGUUGGAACGCUAAGUUGAUGCACGCACAGGUUGUGAAUGGUCUGCAACAGCUUAGUGCCCAUCUCCAACUCCCUAAUACACCAUGUAUAGCAGGAGCGUGCUUUUGGUCCGCGGCCAAGAAAGAAACGGGUGCCAAACUCAUCGGUCGCAUGGAAAUUUUCCCUAGUGCGAACGAAUUUGCUACUGUUCAAAACUCACCCGAAUAUAAGCGUUUCAACGACUCGGUCACCGGCCAAAAGUUUCACGAAGGCAAGGAGACUGCCAAUUUAUGGCAACCUACCGGCGGUUUUCUGACACGGAAGAACCAAGCCUCGACAACAAACGCCGGUGUACUUGUUCUAGCCAAGUUCACAUGCAAUGACAACGAGAAGGCUGUUCAAAAUCUCGUGAAAGAGUUGCAAACAUAUUGUGAGUGGAUCGAGGGCAACGAGUUCACGACAUACACAUAUUGCGUAAUGACAAGUCAAACUGCAAACAAUGAAGUUUUGCUCUUUGAGCGUUAUAAGGAUCUUCCUUCCGUCAAGGCCCAUGGCCAAACAAAUGAGUUCAAGUCUAUGUUGUAA